AUGGUCAACCUCGACACUCUGAACUUUGACCAAUUUACGUCGUCGGGGCAGCGACCGUCGCAGUCCUCACGUCCCUCGCAGCCGUAUAUGACGCCACCGUCAGAGCCGACACCACUCGAGGCGUGCGGGUCUGGCUCCGGGUCUACCUCCAAGUCGGGGUCUGGCUCCUCGUCAAGCACCUCACUGCAGCGGCAUGACCGCGAGUUCGAACGUCCACAGAUUUCGCCUCCGAUCGAGCGGCCGAUAUUGCAUACUCCUGCCAAGUACGCCCACGUGCAACAUACGGUGAACACGAGUGCAGACCUCGCUGCGCUGUUCCGGUCAUAUAUCCGCGCUCUGAACAUGAAGUCGUUCUCGACAUUGCGCCUCUUCCUCUCACCAACGUGUACCUGCAACGGCGCCAAGUGGAACAGCGACACCAUCCAGGACAUGAUCGCGCCGGUCUCGACACGGCAUAGCACAGGAACGAUCGUCAUGCUGGUCGCCGACAUCUCGCAGCGCGUUGUCGCCACCCGCCUCCAACUGCAAUACCAGAGCAACGCGAACAUCAUCGAGUUCGACAACUUCUUCUACCGCUACGACGAUCAGUGGCUAAUCGAGGAGAUCCGAGGCAACCUACCAUGGAACGAGCGUGUGGACCACACCAUCCAGGAGAAGCGCUCACGCAGGCGGCAUCGCAACCUUCCCUCGCCUCAGCAGUCGGCGCAUUACAUUCAGCACUCGCCCCAGACAUCCCCAGAGACCAACACUUACCAAGCGCUCGCUCCUCCCUCGUAA